UGAUGCACUGCACGAAGAUCGUCAUGGUCUUUUGUCUUUCAUUCCGGAAUUCGCUUUAAUACCACCAAGUCAGAAGUCAAACCUCCAUUAUGGCAGUUGGAACGUCGACACGAGUGGCCUACUACGAAGACGCCGGCUUCUCUGGUGCAAAGGCGGCCGCGAACGAGAUGCUCAGCGCUGUAAACGAGUUCAAGACCAUCGGCUAUGCGACCAUCGAAGAUGCUAUUGCUGCUGUCAAGAAGGAGGACGCAGAGCUCGCCGUUGUACCUGCGGAGACAUCAACUCACGGUAGUUACUACGAGACAUAUGACAUCCUGCUCAAGUACGACCUGGUGGUGGUGGGCGAGUCCGUUGGUCCGACCAGGUUCUGGACGGUGGCCAAGACGCCAGUAGAGCCUUCAGUAAAAGCUGCAGGAUGUAAGACAUCGCUUGCAUUUGCGUUUGCAUCGGGCAACGCUCAUGGCCAGUUGCACCGUGCGUUGGGCUUGUUUGCGUCUCGUGAAAUCGACCUGAGCAAGAUCGAGAGUCGUCCAUGGAGCUGCGCACAUCCGAGUGCUGGCAAGGCCGAGUUCAUCUUCUACGUGGAUGUGAAGGCUCGUCAGAGCGAUGCGAAGGUUAUCGAAGCCAUCGCGAGUUUGAGAGCCAUGUGCUCGUACGUCCGUGUGCUGGGCUGCUACGCCAGUGGCGCAUUGGAGGCAACGAACGGCGUUCCUAACGCUUCGUCGCAGGAACUGACCAUGGCACAGAGGUAUCCUUUGAGUCCAGUGUUUGAUACGACAAAGAUUGCCAAGACUCUUGCAGUAUUUGGUGUGACGAAGCAGAUGGAGGCUGAAGGAAAGCCUGUGUAUUCUCUGUGUGUUGGUGAGCCUGACUUCCAGCCGCCCAAGCGGGUACUUGAAGCUGGUAUCAGAGCAAUCCAGGAGGGCAAGACCAAGUACUGUGAUAUGCGAGGCAUGGUCGACCUCCGUGAGAUCAUUGCGAAAUACCUUAAACGUGCUAAGGGUGUGACCUACGAUCCCAAGGAGAUUCAGGUGUGUGGUGGCGCUCAGCAGGCUCUAUACAAUGUCAUCCUCGCGAUUUUGCGUCCAGGUGACAAGGUUCUACUGCCGUCGCCGUACUGGGGAAGCUACGAAGGUAUUCUCGCUCAGGUCAAGACGCAAAUGGUUCAAUUGCGCAAUACUUUGGAAGAAAACUACCUGAUUAACCCGGUGAAGCUUGAGGAGGCAUUAACUGCGAACCCUGAGAUUAGAAUCCUCAUCCUGUGUAACCCGAGUAACCCUGCUGGUACUCUUCACAGUCCCGAGCAACUCGAACAGAUCGCUGCAGUCCUCCGUAAGCCACAAUUCUGUCAUGUUAUCGUCAUUUCCGACGAAAUCUACGAGCAACUCGUAUACCAGGAUGAAGGCGCCCCCCAGCGAGUUUGCAAGAGUUUUGCUUCGAUCCCAGGUAUGUAUGAGCGCACAGUGUUGAUCAACGGAUUCUCCAAGGCGUACGCUAUGACUGGCUUGCGGAUUGGCUACAUGGCUGGCCCCCUGCACUUUAUUGAACCUUGCUACUUGAUGCAAGGACAGCUGACAUCCUGUGCAAACAGUGUUGGUCAAGUGAUGGCCAUCGAAGCCAUGAAGAUGGAGCUGGAGGCUAUUGAAAAGGGUGAAGUUCGAAUUGCUGAAAACUUGCACGGACUCGACUUGAAGCGUCAGUACAUCGCCAGGCGUCUGCAAGCCAUGACCAACGUGCGCUUUGCGUACCCGACGUCGUCAUUCUACGUUUUCGUUGAUCUUGGCUUGUUGUUUGAGGGCAAGAAAGCCUACACUGCGGAGGGUGAGGAGAUCCACAAUGUCGAUGACUUCUGUGAUUAUUUGAUCCGCAAGACGGGAGUUGCGGUGGGUCCCGGUUCCGACAUGGGCGAGCCUCACGGACUACGGAUUUCAUAUGCUGGCUCCAUGGACACCAUGAUCCACUCCAUGGAUGGUCUCGAGUUUGCGCUCAAGUCGUUGAUCUUCGAGUAGAAACGCAUGUGAUAAAGUAUUUUUGUAUAAAGGAGAGCAACAUGAACAAUGGAUCACUGUUUUCCAAACGCAACGUUUAGAUGAUCAUCUCAAGUGCUCAUCCAUCUCAUGAUGCGACUAAUCAAACGUAGCCAUUCCGUUGUUGACCAAUCACAAGGUGCACGACAAAGCGUGCAACACGGAAAACGAUC